AUGAGAGCAGCCCUCACAGUUCACAAGCGAGUGGCGAUAGCCCUCUGGAAGCUUGCAACGCCAGACAACUACCUGGCAGUCGGGAAUCAUUUUGGAGUGGGCAAAUCUACUGUGGGGGCUGCUGUGAUCCAAGUAGCCAACACAAUCACUGACCUGCUGCUCUCAAGGGUAGUGACUCUGGGAAAUGUGCUGGUUAUAGUGGAUGGCUUUGCUGCAAUGGGAUUCCCUAACUGUGGUGGGGCGAUAGACGGAACGCAUAUCCCUAUCUUGGGACUGGAACACCAAAGCAGCCAGUACAUAAACCGCAAGGGGUACUUUUCAAUGGUGCUGCAAGCACUGGUGGAUCACAAGGGAUGUUUCACCAACAUCAACGUGGGAUGGCCAGGAAAGUUACCCAAUUUACAUAUGCAAAUAUCUGUUUACCCAAACAACAGUGUUGCAGUUUUUGCAGCUCUGAGCCUGCAGCAUGUGAGGUGGUGCACUAUCUCUGAGCAAGAACAGGCCAAAUGUAAUGACAUGAGUGCAGCCUUCACUGAUGCCAACAUCCUUCCCAAUGUAUUGUGUGUUAGAGGCGGCUCAGCCAUUAACUGCACCCAUAUGAUCAAGAACAAUUUGGCAGAUGCGGUGACAUUGGAUGGUGGCACCAUUUAUCAAGCUGGAAAGGAACAUAAUCUGAAACCUGUGGUUGGAGAAGUAUAUGAUCAAGAAAUUGGCACUUCAUACUAUGCAGUGGCUGUUGUCAGAAAAAAUUCCUUCAUUAGCAUCAACAGUUUGAAGGGCGUAAAGUCAUGCCACACAGGCAUCAACAGAACAGUUGGCUGGAAUGUUCCUGUUGGCUACCUUAUUGAUAGUGGUCGCAUGUCAGUGAUGGGAUGCAAUGUUCCAAAAGCUGUUAGUGAAUAUUUCAGUGCAAGCUGUGUUCCUGGAGCCAAUAAUGUAAAUUACCCCAAAUCCCUCUGUCAGCUCUGUAAAGGGGACGCAUCUGGGCAGGACAAAUGUGAAAGAAAUUCAAAAGAGCAGUAUUAUGACUACAGCGGGGCUUUCAGGUGUUUGGCUGAAGGAGCUGGAGAUGUCGCCUUUGUGAAGCACAGCACAGUGUCUGAAAACACAGAUGGCCAGACUCCUUCCUCAUGGGCCCAAGAGCUUCACUCCAGGGACUUCCAGCUUCUCUGCCGCGAUGGCAGCACAGCUGAGGUUACAGACUGGAGGAAAUGCCACCUGGCCCGAGUCCCAGCUCAUGCUGUUGUCGUCAGACCUGACACCGAUGGGUCACUCAUCUUCCAGAUGCUUAAGCAGGGGCAGCAAAGAUUUCAGAUGUUUGACUCUGCGGCUUACAAUGCGAAGAAUCUUCUCUUCAAAGACACCACCACAGAAUUGGUUCCAAUCACAAAUCAGAACUACCAGGCUUGGCUGGGUGACGAAUAUAUGCAUGCCAUGCAAGGCUUGAGCUGCGAUCCAACCAGGUUACCAGAAAGCCUGCGAUGGUGCGUUGUGCUCACUGAGGAGAUCUGGAAAUGUAGUGAAAUGGCUGUUGCCUUUAAAAAAAAGAACUUGAAACCAGAGAUCCAGUGUGUUUCAGCCAAGACAACAGAACAGUGUAUGGAAAUGAUCCAGAGAAAAGAAAGUGAUGCUGUAAGUGUGGAUGGAGUUGAUAUUUACAUAGCUGGAAACAUGUAUGGCCUAGUGCCAGCUGCUGGGGAAAGUUACUCUGCUGAUGACAACAGCAACAUGUACUAUGCUGUGGCAUUAGUGAAACGGAACAAUUCCAAUGCUUUCACCGUCAAUGAUCUGAAAGGGAAAAAGUCCUGCCACACAGGAUAUGGGAGAAUGGCUGGAUGGAACAUCCCUAUUGGUGUUCUAAUUAAAAGGGGCUUUAUUAGGCCCAUGGACUGCAAUAUUCCUCAAGCUGUGAGUGACUUUUUCUCCGGUAGCUGUGUGCCUGCAGCCAAGAUGGACAAUUACCCAUCAAAACUCUGUGAGCUUUGCAUUGGCGAUAAUAGUGGAAACAAUAAAUGCGAUGCAAGUACCCAGGAACGUUAUUAUAGCUACAGUGGAGCCUUCAGGUGUCUGAUGGAGGAUUCUGGUGAUGUGGCCUUUGUCAAGCACUCAACAGUUUUUGAGAACACUGAUGGUAACAAUGCUGAUUCCUGGGCUCUUCACCUGCAGUCCAGUGACUUCCAGUUACUGUGUCCAAAUGGAGCCCGUGCUGAAAUCACUCAGUUUGCUCAGUGUCACUUGGCUCAGGUGCCUGCCCAGGUUGUCAUGGUCCACCCAGACACCAACAUUUUUGCUGUAUAUGGACUACUGGACAAAGCUCAGGAUUUCUUUGGAAAUGACAGCAAUGGAAAUGGAUUCAAAAUGUUUGAUUCCUCAGAUUUCCUAGGAACAGAUUUGAUCUUUAAAGAUUCCACCAUUAAGAUUGUACCAGUAGGAGAGAAAACAACCUAUGCAGAAUGGCUGGGGAGUGAAUACAUAGAUUCUCUUGAAGGGAUGCAAUCACCACAGUGCUCUGGGGCAGCUGCAAUAUCCAUGAACAUCAUUGUGCUGCCGGCGGCUAGUGUCCUUCUGAUUAGAUUCUACUCGUGA